GCAUACAUGUACUUUUGAUUGAUACUUAUUAUUUCCAAAUACCUACGUACCUAUGUAAUUAAUUCUGUAUAGAUAAAUUUGCGAAAAAAUAAGCCACGAUGAAUGAUUUUUUUUUUUAAUCACCCCUGCUGACGAGUUCAUAGUUAUUUCGCAGUAGGUGAUUUUUCUGCAAGGAAAAUGCCUCGAUUUCAUCGAUAAUAAAAUAGUAUUUUUUAUUCUAUCAGCAGGCUUAGCUUAUCUUCUAACCACUCUGAUUCUUCGCGAAGUCGUCUACUCGUAUUUACCUUGUAAAUAGCAUUUUGACAAAUGGUUAUACCGACUUGUUAAUAAUCAUUUACAGGUAGUUAAGCUCUUACUCGAGGUAAUUUUUCUGAAGACGGCGGCGUGACAUCGAAAAAAAUCAUUAUCACUUUCGAGAUUUAAUGAUUUCGAUUAACCGUUACAUUAACAAAAAGGUAAACGUUAUGCGUGAUUCUUCCUGGUUUUGGAGCAGAAAUCUGCACAGUUCGUUUGCAUAGUUCGUCAGUAGUCGGUAUUACCUACCUAACAAAGAAUGCAAUUUUUUUGUACUUUGUAAAGUUCAAAAAUGUUGCUAAAUUCGGAAAAUACAGUUACGUUGAAUUUCAAAGAAGAAAGUUUUAACGAUGUUAUAGACGAUGUGACUGAAAAAUUCCAAUUCGUCGGUUUCGUAUGCGGAUUUUUCUACGUUUGCGCGAUUUUCAUCAUUCAGUAUUGGAUGAAAACACGUUCGAAAUUCGAGUUGAAAAAUUUUGCUGUGAUAUGGAACGCUUCGAUGUUGGUUUUGAAUACAGCCGCAACUAUAGGACUUUUACCUACCCUAGCGUAUGUUUUAAUUAAUGAAAAUUUCUACGUGUCAAUUUGUACUGAUAAGACCUGCAAUAAUUCAACAUUCUGUGGAUUUUGGCUCCGAAUGUUCCCUUAUUUGAAGAUAAUCGAAUUAGGCGACACGAUUUUGCUAGUUUUACAAAAACGUAAAUUAGUCGCGUAUUAUUGGUGCCAUCAUUUAGGCGCUUUAUUAAUUACUUGGUACAUAUAUCCGUCUUAUCCACCGUCCAUAAUAUUAUGGUUAGCAGUUAUGAUUAAUUUAUCUCAUAUAUUCAUCUACCUUUAUGGUACAACUCGAUCUUUGGGAUUUUCCGUUCCUCAAAAUGUUCCUGCAGCCUUACUCCUGUCAGAGAUUUUGCAAAUGUUGAUCGGCGCUACGUUAUGUUCGUUCAUUUAUUAUUACGCUAUCGUUGGAGAUUACUGCGAUAUUACAAUAUUGAACGCUUCUGUUCUAUUUUCAAUGUAUUUAUUGUGUUUUGUUUUAUGUAGCGUUUUGUAUUAUAAAAGAUUUUAUAUCAGGAAUAAAACUAUCGAGAGCAAAUCUGUGUUAACUUUGACGAGUAUUAUUACUGAGAAAUGAUAUUGUAAUUGUUAUGAGUAAGUACCUAUUUAUGGUUUGUGAUUAAAUAUUUCAGUUACCUAUACUUUUUAUUUUUUAUGAGUUAAGAAAUAUAAAA